CGUUUUCGGGCCCGACGCUCGUCGUCGUUUAUCUAGUAAUUACGUGAAAGAUCCCCGCAUUGUCACUUGACAAUCGUUUCCAUCCCAUACAAACAAACAAACCCCAGGCGCAGGAGCUGCUCUCAAGUCAACAAGUUACACAGUGUUCAUCUGGUGUUCCAAUGCUGAAUAAAGAAUCAGCGUCGUUAAUGAGUCGAACCAAGCAUACCUGAUCGCCCAAAACAUUCAACCAUAACCCUCGGCUGUUUUUACAAGCCCAAGUACCUUGCAAGCUGCGUCCUAAGUUUUCAUCAAGUACAGCAACCGGUGGUUGGACAUUUAUCAAACAGUCUGCGACCGGUAAGAUAAUAAGCACCAAACAAUGGCUUUCAUCAGACCAUACCAGCCCACCGACUUUGAGGCGACGGCAUUCAUCUGCCGCGCAACGCUGCCACCGUCGCUGGCCAAGUCCCCGGCGGGCGUCAAGCUGUCGCCGUACCUCUGGACGCACCAGUACACGGAGCUGUCGCCGUCGCACUGCUUCGUGCUGGACGACGGGUCGGGCCGCUGCGUCGGGUACGUGAUCGGCACCCCGGACGUGUUUGCCUUUGCGGCGGCGUACCACGGCUACGUGGCCAAGCACCUGGCGACGGCCGACAUGACGCCGCGGCAGAUGGAGACGAGGGAGGCGUGGACCACGGCGGACGGCGAGGUCAACGAGCAGGCGCUGCUGCAGCUGGCGCGCAGCCCGCGCUGGCUGCUGCUGGAGGGCGUCGAGGGCAAGGAGGAAAUGGUGCAGCGGUACCGCGGGACCAUGCACAUCGACAUGCUGGAGGACUUUCAGGGCAAGGGCUGGGGCAGGAAGCUGAUUGGCGAGUUUAUGGAGAGCGUCAGGAGGAGGCAGGGGGAGAGGGUCCCCGUCGUGCUGGAGGAUGGGACGGCGCAGGAGAUGAUGCUGGAUAGCGGCAAGGGCGUGCAUAUCGGCAUCUCGGGGGAGAACACCAAGGUGGUCAAGUUUUACGAAAAGGUUGGGUUCCGGGUGCAGGAGGGUGGGGAGCGGGAGGGUGGUGUCUGGAUGGUCUAUGACUUGUGAAGCGUUGGAGCAGUUUAGAAUUUUGACGGGUGUCGUUGUUAAGAGGAAGAUCUCGGAAGAGAGUUGCUUGUAGCAAGAUACGAGAGUUUAAACGAAUGUGCUGAUUCCAUAAUUGAACAAAGAGACCCUUCUG